GCAGUUCUCUUCAUCCGCAGACGUAUUGUUUCCAACAUAUAAUAUUAUCGUGCCAAAAUGCCCGGGCGACUGGAUUCUUGUACGAAAAUUUUCGUGGGUAACUUCGUGCCUGGGGCCCCUAUUGACGAAAUACGAGAUCUCUUUGCCAAGUAUGGCGAAGUUGUUGAAUGUGACAUCGUCAGGAACUUCUGCUUCGUGCACAUGUCGGACGAGAAAGAAGCCCGCACUGCAAUCGCUGCCUUGAAUGGUUUCACGCACAACGGCCGUCGACUGAACGUGGAAGAGUCCAGGAGUGAAGUUCGCCAAAAACCAGGAAUGGGAGGAUCAGACAAAUGCUUUUUCUGCGGAGACGGUGGGCACUGGUCUCGGGAUUGCCCCAAGCGCGGUCCGGGCGGACGAAAUCUGUCUGAUAAAUCUACGAAAAUUUACGUGGGAAACGUCACCGAAGCGACAACCGAAGAAGAGUUACGUGAUCUAUUCGCCGCGUACGGCACAGUGACGGAGUGUGCGAAAGUCAAGAACUACGCGUUCAUCCAUAUGUUGUCGAGCGAAGAAGCGGAACACGCGAUUGAAGGCCUUCGUGGGCACGUGCUAAAUGGAAAUACGCUGACGAUCGAGGCGUCGAGCAGCAGGCCGAAACGGAGGCCGUCUGCGUCUACUCCCAUUGAUCGAUACUCGGAAAGAGUGCCAUCGUACGACGGGUUUGUUAACCUAGUGUCCCUGGUUUGGGCCGGUGAUGGCGAUUGGGCUAUAAGUGUGAGAGUGACAGCAUACCGGACUGUGGACCGAUCCGCGAUGAUGCGUAGUGCGGAUCCGUAUGCCUCCUUGUCAAGCUCGCUGCGAUCGGCGUAUGCUCGCGACCGUUCCGCGCCUUAUCCAUCGCCGGCGUAUUUCAGCCGCUACGACGAGAGGUACGCGGAUCGGGAUCGGGAUCGGUACGAUCGGAUGCGGGCCGCCAUGGUUGAGAACUUGUACGACCGUCGAGGAGGGGCGCGGGUGUCGGGCUACGAGCGCUAUGCAGACCGCUACGAGAGUUACAGUCGCAGCUACUACGCGGCGGCGGCUGCAGCGGCAGCGGCGGCAGCUGCUGCUGCAGGACCACCGUCGCCGACGUCCGGAUCCGCGUCGCGAGCUGCCAUCGACUCCUAUUACGCUGCUAGGUCCGUGUACCCAUCGUCGUCAUCGUCGUUGGCCGCCGCUUCUUCUCGGUAA